CUACUCGAUACGAAAACACCGGACAAGCAGACAACCCUUCUGCACUUCCUUGUGGAGACCGUGGAAGAGAAGUUUCCUGAGUUGGCGAACUUUUACGAUGAGUUGGAUGGUAUUACUGCUGCCUCAAGGGGUGAGUUAAUUGAUGCGAAAGCAACAUAG